AUGCUGUGGGUGUUCGCAGACCCCAGCCCCCAGGGCUGGCGCGCCGCGGCCACCACCCACGCGGCCCCCACCAGCGCCGCUGCGGAGUUGGUGGAGGGCCGCGCGGAGCUCAAGGGGCCGUGGUUCCAGCGGGACGCCCCCCUGUCUUACGACAUCCUGAUGGAGAACAUGGAAUCUGUGAUCCAGGACGCAUUUGGCCGUUUCAGGCCCUAA